GAUGGGCACUUGUUUGAUUAAGGAACACUAACAGGACUUACUUAGGGUCUAUCCUCAUAAUUUUCUUUCUUCGUUUUGGUUUUUUUUUUCCCUUUCGUCACCCCUUCCACCCCGAAAUCUCUUUGGAUUUAUUUGUACCAAAUUAAGGCAGUGGAAAAAGUCCUAGAUAAAAAAUGGUUGCCACCUCUCUCUCCUGACUUCUUCAGUCCUUCGGACGAAGAGGCUGCUCAAGUCCUAUGGGAGCAGUGUCGGUGUAUCCAUGAUGUUUAUAAAGGAGUAAAUAUCAGUAUGACUAGAGUCUGAAGAAGGGCUCUGUGUUCCUACCAAAAGCUUGCUGGUGCAGAGGAACAGUGCAAGGGGAGCAGCAGGGGCAUUUUGAGCUACCAUGGAUAUCCCCACCGAUUUGGUGCCAUCGUCCAUGAUGUCCCACCCUGAGGUGAUUGAGUCCACAGCCAUGAGUGAACCACAGUGCUACUACAAUGAAACCAUUGCCUUCUUUUAUAACCGAAGUGGAAAAUAUCUAGCCACUGAAUGGAACACUGUCAGCAAGCUUGUAAUGGGACUGGGGAUUACCGUCUGCAUCUUCAUAAUGCUGGCCAACCUCUUGGUUAUGGUGGCUAUUUAUGUCAAUCGCCGAUUCCACUUCCCUAUUUAUUACCUAAUGGCCAACUUAGCUGCUGCGGACUUUUUUGCAGGGCUGGCCUACUUUUACUUAAUGUUCAACACAGGACCCAACACUAGAAGACUGACUGUAAGCACCUGGCUUCUCCGUCAGGGUCUCAUUGAUACCAGUCUGACAGCCUCUGUAGCCAAUUUGUUGGCCAUUGCUAUUGAGCGGCACAUUACGGUUUUCCGAAUGCAGCUGCACACUCGGAUGAGCAACCGCCGAGUGGUCGUUGUCAUCGUUGUUAUCUGGACUAUGGCCAUUGUCAUGGGUGCCAUACCGAGCGUCGGAUGGAACUGUAUUUGUGAUAUCACCCACUGCUCCAACAUGGCACCGCUCUAUAGUGACUCCUACCUGGUCUUCUGGGCUAUUUUCAACCUGGUCACUUUUGUGGUCAUGGUGGUCCUAUAUGCUCACAUCUUUGGGUACGUUCGCCAAAGGACUAUGAGAAUGUCCAGACACAGUUCUGGACCCCGCAGGAAUCGGGACACCAUGAUGAGCCUCCUGAAGACUGUGGUCAUUGUGCUUGGUGCUUUUAUAAUCUGCUGGACCCCAGGAUUAGUCUUGCUGCUCCUCGACGUUUGCUGUCCCCAGUGCAACGUCCUGGCCUAUGAAAAGUUCUUCCUGCUCCUGGCAGAGUUCAACUCGGCCAUGAACCCCAUCAUCUACUCCUACCGGGACAAGGAGAUGAGCGCGACGUUCAAGCAGAUCCUGUGCUGCCAGCGCAGCGAGAGCACCAACGGCCCCACCGAAGGCUCGGAUCGCUCGGCCUCCUCCCUGAACCACACCAUCCUGGCUGGAGUCCACAGCAAUGACCACUCCGUGGUGUGACACCACAGCCAGCCCGUGGCCGACAAAGAGCAGCAGGCGAUGCUGCGGGCGGGGCAGGUGCGUGGCCCCGGGGAAGGUAACCCACUCACGUUUUCUCAAACACUAAUGGACUACAAGUGCAUCUUUUCCAGGGGGCCUGACGUACCUGCGCAGACUGCCCUGUCCACAGGAUUGGCCAUGCUGCAAAGCCUUUGAUUUCUGCUUUGAAAAAGUAGAAAGUAGUCGCUUUGCAGAAGAGGCCAUCAAUAACCCACGAAAAGCCUUGCUGAGACUUUGUUGGACUUUGCUGCAUCUUGGUGCCAGUCUGAAUCAACUCUGAUUAAUUAAGCUUAUACCUGCUUCACUGCAUUUACAUGUAGCCACUUAGUAUUUUUAAAAAGGGAGUAAAGGGGAUAAAAAUAUGCCUAUCAUUUAAUAGACAUGUAAUAUGUAUCACCAUCAGCAUGCUUGUGAUGAACAUUUUCUGUGCAGGGAGUAAAACUGUGCUCUAGUCUUUGUAUCCUUAGUCACACUGUCAUAACUACAGUAAAAAGAAAAGUAUUUUUUUCUAACACAGGCAACAGGAAGAUGAGGGAAACUGACUCUUCUUACCUUCAUUACUGGUGUUAGAGAAUGCAUGUUCUGUGUGUAUGCAGAUUGUUUUAAUUAUGAAAAAAAAAAUCUCAUUGUAAAGUCUGCCGGAAAGUAGAAAAACAUAGACUGUAUUCCAGUGUUUGUUUAGAUUAUGAAAUAAACAGUACUUUAGUCACAA